AUGGAUUUGAAUGUGAGUCGGGCUUGGUGACCACUUGCCAGUGGGGUGACUGAUUUUUUGGUUUUGAGGUCUCGGAGUGCUGAUUUGAGCUCGAAGUAUUUGUUGCGGCGUUCGGCAUAGGUUCACAACAAAACCAACACGAGACCACAACGACCCGGCCCAACGAAGCCACAAGUGCACAAGCCCUUGCCCCGUAUGCGACGAGGGCAAGAACUGCCAGGCCGAUCAAUGCCCUGAUGCCGAACGCCGCAACAAAUACCUCGAGCUCAAAUCAGACUUCAAAAACAAAAAAUCGGUCACCCAAGCACCAGCCUCAGAACAGCUCCCAGCAUUUGCAGCCAUUCCAAACCCAGCUGAAUCGCCCCGGCCUGCCAAGAACUUUCUCAUAGGGUUCGGCAGAACAGCGGUAUGA